UUAUGACUCCGGAGAGCCCGAGCCAGGGACUUGAAAGCCAAGCGAAUUUCCCGAAGCAAACAUCAUGCGGCUCUGACUCAGUCUAAUAGCUUCGGCAGGAAACCAGACCCUACGGUCAAGGUCUCCGGAUCCAUGCGCAAAAUCAUGUCUCCAGCCAUUUCCGUUCCUCAUAUCACAAUCACGGCUACCCCCUCGUCAGAAGACAUAAAGAGUCUGAAUCGCCGUCUAUCUCAAUCUCGAGGCAUCCUUCAUUCCCAGAUUAGAACAUCCGCCUCCACGCCUGCUGGGAGCUCCUUCCAUUCGGGACAUCCAAUGUUUACUCCAUCCAUAUCCGCUCUCCGCGUGACUUCAAAAGAAUCUGCUGGAGACACAUCAUCGAAUGAGGAAUGGCAGUCCCUCUCACAGAUGAACAUGCAGCGGAUCCAUCCACAAUACCGUAGCGCCACAUAUAGCAUAUAUGGCCUGUAUAAGGACAAUGUGGAUGAAGAACCCGCUGAUUCUAAUGUUCCAACUUCAACGAUGACCCCGAAAACCGGAAGAGAGCUGAACGACACAACUGAAGGACGGAAGGGCUCGGUACGAUCGAUUCGUCGCGGUACCCAGACUUUGAGCACGAUUUACAGGAGUUAUGACCUUUCCAAGAAAGACGAAGAUAUCAGUGCGAGUUUUGCUAGGGAAGUUGGUGAUAGCUUAGGCAGGAUUGGUAUGAUAUAGAUGAUCACUUCCUCCGUUUUUUUGUAGUUCCCUAUUUGGCUCGUUCUUCUAAUUCUUCGUCGCAUUGUGGGUUCUCAGCAUAGAUAGUUUUGUUGUACCUCCCUAUUUCGUCCUGUUGUUGGGCCUCUGUAGUUGCUAGGGACUCUCUGCGUCUCCAACAUCCAUCACACAUCCUCUGUUGACGCGGCGUUGGGUCAAACAAUGGCGAUUGAAUGGCUAAUGUCAGGGGAGUUGCCGCUUCACACAAUUUGUCCAGGUCUUAGAGCACAUCUAGAAAUUCAUUCUUUCCAUUUUCGAAAGCCAUCCACUCUGU